CAAAAAUAAAAAAAUGGACAACUGAAACACAUGGGAUAAUAUUUCGUGUGUUUUAGAAGAAACACAUGGACAUCACUUAUUCUUUGUCAACAUUUCAAACAAACAACAGCACACAAUAAAACAAACUUUCCUAUUAGGAUGCUAAUAGGAAACCACUGAAAAGAAGGACACAGACAGAACUCAUAAGAAGACAACAACAACAACAACAUGGCUCAACAGAUAAUAAUAUUGGACAAGCCGAGUAAAAAGGGGAAAGGCAGAGGAGCUAGCGGAAAAAAAGAAAAAGCCGGCGGCAACACAGGGAGGAUCGAUGACGGUCCUCGUAGGGGGUCUGAAAUGUGCUUGCCAGUAGUUCCUGCGCCGAACAUGUACAAACUUAAGAACCUGGUAGGAUACCAAGAUCAUGACAUAUCCAAAUGGAGAGAACCCGCCUAUUCCAUGCGUACGCGACACGAAUCGAAAAAGGCUGAGAGUGUUCCCGGUCCUAAAUACGACAUCGGAGAUGUCACACGGUUUGGAACUAAAAAUCCUCUGAUGUUCUCACUCGGCAGGAGAAACAGCUUACCAGAUAAAAAGGAAAUGCCUGGCCCUUCGGCUUAUAGCCCAGAAAAGUUCGAAGAUCUUAGAUAUAGAAAGCCACCUAGUGCGUCUCUGAAAGGAAGAAUACGAGACACUAAAGGCAUAGACAUGCCGAGCCCUGCAGAGUAUGAAUCUCCAGGAGGGAUCGGACACGGCCACCCCACAAUGCAUUCAGCACCAAACGCAGUAUUGACGUCCAGAAGAGAAUCGAAGCAGAAAUUUUCCGCCCCGGCGCCCAAUACAUACGGCAGUCCGAACGUCGAGGUGGUGAAAAAGAGCGCUCCGAUGUCUUCGAUUGCCGGAAGGCAGCAGGACAAGAAAGGAGAAAAGGUCCCCGGCCCAGGAUCCUACAACCCGAUGUUGACAAAUACACGUAGCCCCCCGGCGUACUCCUUCGGCACCAAGCAUUCUAAAUGCAUGCAACCUUUUAAAGAGCCUGAAUCGGAAACAGAAGUCUGUUGAUUCUCUAUUUUAAAACAAUAAAAGGGAAAGCUCUGUCUUCGUCCAAUAAAUGUAAAUUAUGUGUAUGUUCGAUAUUAAAAUAAACUACAUUUACAUAUUAAAACAUACGUGAUCUUAUACUACAA